GCCCGAGUGUCACACACGCGGCGGUUCGGGAGGUGGCGGCAGCGGUAGCGGCAGGCGCCGCCGGGACGGGCACGGGAGCGCGGACUCGGGAGGGCGCCGGCUGCCUCCCUCCGUCGCUCGCUUUCCGGCUGUGGGGCUGGGAUCGCCCCAGCGCUCCCGGAAAGGAAGAAGGGGGGCCGAGGACGCCGACAAGUUCGCUUAGCAGCCAGGAUCCCGGCCAAGGCGGAGGCUGCGCCUCCGACGGGGCAGCAGCGCGCUCCGCGGCGGAGCGCACGAUAGAGCGUCCGAGGCGGGGGGCGCCCGGGCCUUUCGCUCUCGGCGGGGCCGUGGGCCGGGAUCCCAUGAGACGCUCCCGCGAGGGGCUCCAGAUCCGAAGCCCCGGCAGCGCGCGGCGGAGGCGGAGGGCGGUGCUGCAGCUGCCGAAGCCCGGGAGCCACCGGCAGGAGGCGGCGGAGAGAACUUGAACUUGGCGUCGGGAGCAGGCGCCCCGGACGCCCCCCGCCGGGGCCGGGGCGCCGAGGGACCUGGGCGGCUGCGCUGCCCCCCGAAUGGCCGCGGCCGUGGACCUGGCUCCCGUGCCGCGGCCCUAGGCGGCCUCUCGCCAUGGCCAAGUGGCUGAACAAGUACUUCAGCUUGGGCAACAGCAAGACCAAGAGCCCCCCGCAGCCGCCGCGGCCCGACUACCGCGAGCAGCGGCGGCGGGGCGAGCGGCCCUCGCAGCCCCCCCAGGCCGUGCCGCAGGCCUCCGCGUCCGCCUCGGCGUCCUGCGGUCCGGCCGCCGCCUCCUGUUUCUCGGCCUUGUCGGGAUCGCUGCCCGACGACAGCGGCAGCACGAGCGACCUCAUCCGCGCCUACCGCGCACAGAAGGAGCGCGACUUCGAGGACCCCUACAACGGCCCCGGCUCGUCGCUGCGCAAACUGCGCGCGAUGUGCCGCCUGGACUACUGCGGCGGCAGCGGGGAGCCGGGCGGGGGCCAGCGCGCUUUCUCCGCCUCGUCCGCGUCGGGCGCCGCGGGCUGCUGCUGUGCCUCCUCCGGUGCGGGCGCCGCCGCGUCCUCGUCCUCGUCCUCCGGCUCCCCGCACCUCUACCGCAGCAGCAGCGAGCGGCGCCCGGCCACGCCGGCCGAGGUGCGCUACAUCUCCCCCAAGCAUCGCCUCAUCAAGGUGGAGAGCGCCGUGGGCAGUGCCGGGGACCCCCCGGGGGGCGCCUGCUCGGGCGGCCGCACUUGGAGCCCCACAGCCUGCGGAGGCAAGAAACUGCUCAACAAGUGUGCUGCCUCGGCCGCGGAGGAGAGCGGGUCCGGCAAGAAGGAGAAGGUGAUUAUCGCUGAUGACUACUCAGAUCCCUUUGAUGCCAAGAAUGAUCUCAAGAGUAAAGCGGGAAAGGGGGAGAGUGCUGGCUACAUGGAGCCCUACGAGGCCCAGAGGAUCAUGACAGAAUUUCAGAGGCAGGAAAGUGUCCGGUCCCAGCACAAAGGCAUCCAGUUGUAUGACACCCCUUACGAACCCGAGGGCCAAAGCAUCGACUCGGACUCAGAGAGUGCAGUCAGCCCCCGACUGCGGGAGAGCAAGCUGCCCCAGGAUGACGACAGGCCCGCUGAUGAGUACGACCAGCCAUGGGAGUGGAACCGGGUCACCAUCCCAGCUCUGGCAGCCCAGUUUAAUGGCAACGAGAAACGACAGUCAUCCCCCUCGCCUUCCCGGGACCGGCGGCGCCAGCUUCGAGCUCCUGGAGGGGGCUUCAAGCCCAUCAAGCAUGGGAGCCCCGAGUUCUGUGGGAUCCUGGGAGAAAGAGUGGAUCCUGCUGUCCCACUGGAGAAGCAAAUAGAUGCCAGGAGCUGUUCAAUGUGCAUCCUCACCCAGCUCCUGCCCGUGUUGGGAACAUACGUUCCGUGAGGGCUGGAACUUGUUAGGGUCACCACUGUUUCCUCCCAGUGUGCAGAACGGUGCCUGGCACAUCAUGAGUGCUCAUAAAUACUGUCUGCUGAAUGGACGGAGUCCCCACGGAGCUGCCAGCACUUUCUCUCUCCCUUUCGUCACCUCCCCUUCUCUCUCAUCCACCACAGUCUGCUCCCCUUUCCUGCCCAGUCACCAGGUGACGGCCUCUGUCCUCCAGGGCAGCCAGCAGAGUAGCCAGCUCCCGCCUUUGCAGACACUCUGCUCCGGGUUUUUCUCCUGCCUCCCUGGCUGCUGGCUCCUCACCUCAGCCUGACCUGAAGGAUGGACUGUCCGGGGCUCAGGAUCUGGUGGUGAUUCACCAGCGCACAUCCCAGCCCACACUUCUCUCAGAACACACGACUCCCACAUCCAGCUGCCUUCUUGGCAUCUCCACCUGGCUGACGAAUGGGCAUCUCAAAUUUAACGUGUUUGGAUCUGGGCUCCUCAUCAUCUCCUAGACAUGCUUCCCCCAGCUUCCCCACCUCCAUAAAUAGCACCACAUGUAACAUGUGGCUGGUUGCUCAAGCCACAAACCUGGAGUCAUCUUCUUUUGCCUGGCAUCAGCAUCUAAUGCACCAGUAAGUUCUGCCAAUUAUCCAUCCAAAAUACAGCCCCCAUCUGUUCUGUCCUCCCAUCUCCAUGGCCACCUCCCUCCGACCACUGCGGAAGUCUCCUGACUUGUGUCCUGCUUCACUUCCCCUCUGGUCCCUCCUCAGGUAGCCUGGUUGAUCUCGUAAGAUCAUCCAGAGCAAGUAACAAUCUCAGAUUGACCCUCUGAACGCCAUAAGCAUCUAUAGGUGCAAUUAAAUUCAAAAUUUCGUCACGUGUGAGGAUGGUUCCCGUUUUGGACGCGUGGUAGUUAACUGGUUAAAACUCUCAUUGCCCUCCACUACACUUAGAAGGAACUCGGACUAAUUUUCUUGGCCCACAAGGCCUCUCCACCCUCAUCCAGUACCACUUCCAGGCUCACAGUUCCGGACCAUCCUUGCUGCUCCGUGAGCAUCCCAAGCUCAUUCCUACUUUGGGACCUGGGCCCUUGCUAGCUCCUCUACAGAAAGCGUGUUUUCUUUGGCCCUUUACAUGAUUGGCUCCUUUCACAAUGGAGAGUCUCAGGUCAAAUGUCAUCUUCCGGGAAGCUGCCUUCGCUCUAAAGUACACUCCAGCCCCCACACCCCCAGUAUUCCUACAUAGCUCUUAGCACUGUCUGAAAUCCUUUCCUGAAUUUUUUUGUUGAUUUUCCUUCUCCCUGUAUCAGCCCCACGAGAUCAAGGAUGGAGUGAGUGGUGAGUAAAUACUGGAUGAGCUAAUGGAUAUUGGAUGGGCUGGAUGGCGAUGGUUGGACCUUAACUCCUGUGGUUCUGACCUGAUGGGCCAGUUCCACUGAGUCCAGCACAUCCCCAAGAUGUCCUCUGCCUGGAUUCUCUUUUCAGUCCCGCAGAGCCAGCUCAGGGCCAGUAGUUGGCCCCAGCCCCCUUCAAGACCACUCGGGCCCAUCCUGUCUCCUGGCCAGUGGCUUCCCCCUCAGUGCCCUUCUCUCCCACACUCUGCCUGGGUCUCCUUGAGCCUCCACUGAGUUCCCUGCCUUUCUCUCCAUUCGGAGCAGCUGGAGAAGCCCAGGAGGGAACCAGCAGCUUAUCCUGUUUACUCCCCUGAGAGGCCCGACCGCCACCACCUCCCUAGAGCCCGCUUGCUCCUUGCUCCGGGCGGGACGGGCAGCAGGCAGCACUUCCAGGCCUUCCCU